GUUCCAGACCUCACAGCCUAGUCCAAAAGCUGGACAGAGUCGGCCACUCCAGCUUCAUGGGCAAACAUCUGUGAGUGGAGCUGUGGGGAUGGCACACUUGCUAGGCAGCCAGGCUUGUAUGGACAGCCUGCGCAAGGACCUCACCGACCUGCAGGGUACCAUUGUGGAUGUGUUCUCCCGUGCCGGACCUGUGCGCUUCCCCUCCUGGAAGUUUCCUGACCGUGUGGCCUGUGACCUUGACAUGGUGGCCCUUCUGGAGCACUAUGACCAUGUGCCAGGUGACCCUGAGUUCACACAGUUAUCCCAUGCUGUGCUGCUGGAGCUGGUCAUUGACAGGCUCCUGCUGCUGCUUCAGAGUUGUGCCAGCUACGUGGAAAACCUCAGUUUGGAGCAGAUGAUGCCUCCUGCCCGGGCUACAGGGCCAUGCAUGUCUGUGGGGCUUACAGUGAGGCGUUUCUGGAGCAACCUGCUUAGGCUGGGCAUGCUCUACCAGCAGGCGGCUCCCCAGAAAAGAGCAAACCAAGGGGAGAUUUCCAUCACCAAGCCCACGGCUAAGGGUGAACCAGCCAGGAGCCCUGAAUGUAUGACUGCCAAGUUUAUCAAGCCUCCCUCCCCAGUGCCAGGCUUGCCUUUGAUCUGCCAAGGGCUGCAGAGCAUCCCUGUCAGAGUCUCCCUGCGGAGCCCAGGUGGGACCUCUGAGAAAACUAAGAGUGUCCACUCCCAGACCGUCGAGACAGCCUUGGUGCCCUGUGAUGCUUGCACCAGUGUCCAGGGCAGCUUGUGGGAAGUGGGCAAGGUGGUUAUCAGCCUAUGUCAGAGCCAAAACUUGCCUUCAUCAUUGGGCCAGUUCCAGAAGUUGGUGAAGGACAGCCUGGGGCUUAAACCACUGUCAGCUGCCACCGUGGGCCACUGGGCAGCAGAGCAGAGCAAAGACCUGACUCGUCUCAAUAAACAUGUGGGGGCCCUCACCCAGCUUGUUGGGCCCCUCAGGGCCCAGCUGGAAGAGGCUGAGGGGCAGAAGGAUGAACUGAGGAAGGAGGUGAGCAAGCUGGAGCAGACCCUGCAGCAGGAGCAAGGGGAGCGGCAGCGGCAGACAGAGGAGGCUGAACGGACCCUGGCCAAGUGCGAGCAUGACAGGCAUCAGCUGCUCACAGAAACGUGUGACCUAAAGACAAAGGUGGCCAUUCUAGAGGGAGACCUGAAGCAGCAUCAGAAGUCCAUGCAGGCCAUGGAGGCAAAGGCCCAGCAGCUGGAGGAGGAAGGUGAGCGGAGGGCAGCAGCUGAGAGGCAGGUGCAGCAGCUGGAGGAGCAAGUACAGCUGCUGGCAGGGCGGUUGGAUGGGGCUAGCCAGCAGAUCUGCUGGGCCAGCACAGAGCUGGACAAGGAGAAGGCCCGCGUCGACAGCAUGGUCCGUCAUCAGGAGUCCCUGCAGGCUAAGCAGAGGACUUUGCUACAGCAGCUGGACUGUCUGGACCAGGAGCGGGAAGAGCUUCGGGGAAGUCUGGAUGAGGCUGAGGUCCAGCGGUCUGAGUUGGAGGAGCAGCUGCAGAGCCUCCAGAGUGAUAGGGAACAGGGACAGUGCCAGCUACAGGCCCAGCAGGAACUGCUACAAAGUCUGCAGCAGGAAAAACAGGACCUGGAACAGGUAACUACAGACCUGCAGCUAACCAUCUCUGAGCUGCAACGGCAGCUGGAAGAGCUGAAGGAGCGGGAGCGACUGCUGGUGGCCUUCCCAGACCUGCACCAGCCAGAGGAGGCCCAGAUCCAAAGCUCUAGCAAUGUCACCCAUGACAUGGAGAGGCAAGUGCAAGCCAAUGAUAUCCGUAUCCAGGUUCUACAGGAGGAGAAUAAACGGCUGCAGUCAAUGUUGACCAAAAUCCGAGAGGUGGCCCAGCAGGGAGGCCUCAAGAUGGUCCCACAAGGCCAGCUCUGGUCCCCUCCCUACAAGGGCAUCCAGGGAGCAACACCCCCAGCCCAGGCCCAGAGUACAUUCUCAGGACCCACAGGCAGACGGCAGUCUCCUGGCAGCAGGACAAGCAGUACAGGCAGGACCCAUCCUGGUGGGCCCCGAACAUCCCCCUCUCGGCAGCCCGGCAGCUUACCCAGCAAGUCCUCUUUGGGGGAUGGAACCUAUUCAGCCACCUGCACCCAGAACCCCAUAAGGGCCUUGGCCAGGCUGAGGAGAAAGCUUUCGCCAAACCGUCAGGCUGGUUCUCCAUACCAGCCCCAGGAGCGGCACACGUAA